UUAGUGUUGCUUCGUGACUUGUUUUGGCAGUGAUGGAGGGAUCGCAGCAAGAAUAUGUCGGAAGUGGGAAAGAGAAAGUAGGUGAAGUGCAGGCUUUGCUUUUUGCAAAAGCUCAGGAGCUUGCGGGAGUUUCUCAGAUCACACUAGAGAUUCAGAAGGGGUGGACCACCGCGAAUUGCUUUGAAGCUGUGAUGACCAAGUAUCCAGCUCUGAAAGCGAUCAGGUCGUGUAUGAUGGUGGCUUUGAACCAUGAUUAUGUUACGGAGCCUGUGGCUGUCAAGGAUGGCGACGAGCUUGCUCUUAUUCCUCCGAUAAGUGGCGGUUAAGAAGAGAUGUGGGAGAAAAGGCUUGGAGUCUAUAUAAUCUCGUGAUCGAUCUUGGCUUUUAUCUGGUUAAUCUGUAUUCAUCCGUGAUUGUGAGAUAUUUUGCAAUUCGAUCAGUCAGUUGUGUGGAAUCGUGUGUAGCGAGGUCGGCGCGUAGCAUUGUAUUUACGUGCAACGUGAAUGAUUUCUGUAUUGCCUUCUGUGAGGAAUUUUAUAGAUCGAGUGUGGAGCUGAUGUAUUAUGUGCACUACGCUGUAAAAGUUAGCACUUGCUGCGAUUGCAGUUCAUGUGCAUUUUAAGAAAGAGAACCCAUCAUGGUCGUCUAUGAGUUGGCUGUGUUGGAUGGAAUUCUUUGGGUG